GAGAAAUGGAGUGCUGGGCCACUGCGCCUUAACUAUAGGACUAGACAUUGCGUUCUGGCCCUUGGCGGGACGUUUGUCUGAGAUAGAGAUAGUGGGGAGGGUUUUGGUUCCGAGAAUGAACACAAGCAGUUUGGUUGCAGAAGCAGCGUGGAAGGAAAUUGAGUCAAGGGGUUCAGUCACGGAUGAUCAGCUCUCAACGUGAACUGCAUUUUUUGUUCGGCAAGAAUCUGGAGAAAGCGACGAGGAUAGUCGAUCAGAGAGGAGUCAAGAGAAUCUCUGGUGAACCCAGCGGCCGCUCCAUUUUUCAGGUUUUGGGAGAAUCGCGGAGGAAAGAAGAAUACUUGUGCUUCCCGGAACACUAUUGUGCUUGUUAUUCAUUCUUCUAUGACGUCGUUAACAGGGGAGAACAGCUUUGUUGUAAGCAUCAGUUAGCUGCAAGACUAGCUGCUUCCCUCGGAGCAUGCAUUGACGUUAAAAUUCCUGAUGAGGAGCUGGCUCUACUCCUCUCUAAACUCUGAACCUCUCUUUUGAAGCACAACCUUUUGUGAUUUCAACCCCGGAAGGAAGAGAUUGAAUCAAAUUUUAAUCUUUAGCAUGCGGUGAUCUUGUUUGAGAAAGUCUCCCUUUCCAUCUAUGCUGCUUUGUAUAUAUGUACAAGUGUUUGUCCACACGCUUAACAAAGCUAUUUCCUGGGUAAGGUCAAUAGUUGUGGUGGCUUUCCAAAUUAUUGAACCCCCACUACUAUUGAUGUUGAUGCACUCUAGAAUAUUUGGACAGCUUGUCCGUUGCAAGAGGCAAUCAAAUUGGUUGUCACUGCACUGCUGAGUAUGGCAUUUGCGUAGAUAUGGGGUGUUACUCUCCAAUGCAAGAGGAAUCUUCUGCAUUAGGAUCAUUCGUUCAGGAUGUUAUCCUGCUUGAGAACACACAGGGUAAUGGGAGUGAAAGUUACAUCCAUGGCCUUCUUUCCCUUCGUACAUUGCAUAUCAUCAUCAGUGUAAGAUUUGGGGGUUCAAAGUGCCAUUCUAGUUCUGCUGUC